AUGCCUCCUAAGCUUGAUCCUACUGCUGUUACUUAUUGUUACCUGAGAGUUAUUGGUGGUGAGGUUGGUGCAACAUCGUCUUUAGCACCGAAAAUUGGUCCUCUUGGCUUGUCUCCUAAAAAAGUCGGUGACGAUAUCGCAAAAGCAACUCAAGAAUGGAAAGGUCUUCGUAUUUGUGUUAAAUUGACUAUCCAGAAUCGACAAGCGACCAUCAGUGUUGUUCCUACGGCUUCCUCUCUCAUAAUCAAAGCCCUUAAGGAAGAGCCUCGUGAUAGGAAGAAAGUAAAGAACAUAAAACACAAUGGGAAUUUGACAUUUGAUGAGAUAAUAGAAAUUGCACGAACGAUGAGACCCAGAAGCAUUGCCCGUGAGCUUUCUGGAACAGUAAAAGAGGUUCUGGGAACGGCAAGAUCGGUCGGCUGUACAAUUGAUGGUCAGUCUCCUCAAGUCAUAAUCGAGAAAGUAAAUGCUGGGGAAAUAUCGGUACCUGCAGCGUAGUUGCAAAUAAACUUUUGUUCAUCUAAUUACAUUUCAAUCAAAGACCAACUGUCAGAUCAGAUCAUAUACAUAUCCGUCAUGUGACUAGAAAUUUCCCGCUGAAAAUUUCCAUGGUGAGUCCGCUAUUGCUGUUGCCCACGAACAAGAUAUAAUAUUUUAGCAUCCAUGUACCAACAGAUGUUCCGGGUUUACUUGUACGCUUUAGUUUAAUAACGAACGCCUGGAUGUUGCAAUCAUUUGUGCUGGAUUUCUCUGUUUGAAUGUAGGUGGAUCCGAGUGCUGUUAGAGUUUCGACGGGUGUUGUCACUUCAAUUGCCUACACCAUUUAACCGCACUUCUUAAGGGACCUGAAAAAGAAACUGGUUUAGAAGUAUCGAUUGCCUUGAACAUGACGGCAGCAUCCGCAGUUUUAGAUGGGUCAGGUUC